CUAGUGCAGUGGUGAGGAGAUGCAUGAGAUGCCAUGCAUCCCGGAGGGCCACUGGCGGUCAGUCUGAAAAGGCUCUGGCGGUGGUUGCAGCAGCUCGGACGUACAAAGCUCGGGAGAGUUUGAGUUUGCUCAAGGAAGUGCUGCAACUUGGUGAGCCGAUCAACCACAUGAUGCUCAAUGCUGUGCUGACAGCUUGUGCGAAACAGCAGGAUCAGAAUAAAGCUGACGUGGUGUUGCGAGAAAUGCAUGAGGCAAUGGCUGCUGUGGAUACUGUCAGCUUCAACAUCGCAAUGAAUGCGUGUGCUCAAAGGGGAGAUGCAAAGACAGCAGCUACAUGCUUUGACACAAUGAUGAAAGCCUCGCUGCAACCAGAUAUUAUCAGCUUCAACAGCAUGCUAAAGGCAAACAGAGACGUUGGAGUUGAGGCUGCGGAAUACUGGAUCAAAGAGUUGAGUCAACGUUCACUACAGCCAAGCGAAGUCACCUUCGGAAGCAUGCUAGAUGCAUGUGCACGCGCUGGAAAAAUGGACAAAGCCAAAACGUGGCUCGAGCGAAUGGCAGAAGCGAUGCUGCAGCCGAGCAAGCACUGCUACACAAGUUUGGUUAAGGGAGCGGCAACAAAGGGCGACCUGGCAUUGGCGGAGCAUUGGAUGCAGAAGAUGGAAGCAGACGGCUACACCGAUGAAAUGAGCUAUGGCUCAAUCCUUCAAGCAUGCUCUGCAAGCGCUUCUGUCGAGAAGGCGGAAAAGUGGUUCCGCAGGAUGUUAUCACAAGGACUUCGCCCCAAUGCGGUGGUGAUGUGCAGUUUGUUAAAUUGCUAUGCAGAGGGUGGUGAAAAGGAAGGAGCAGAGCGGUGGCUUCAAGAAUGCCCACAGUUGGCGGUGCAGCCUGACGUGCAAUGCUACGGUGCUGUGAUGAAGGCAUGUGCAAAUGCGGCUGAUGCAACUGGAGCAGGGUUUUGGAUGCAGCAGCUGCUAAAUUCCGGAUUGGAGGCAAACACUACCAUCUUCAACAGUUUGAUCAAUGCGUGUGCACGCGCUUCGGAGGCGAGCAAAGCCAGUAAGUGGUUUGAUGCCUUGGUACAGUCUGGAAGCACUCCGGAUGCUGUCACAUUUAGCACUUUGGUGAAUGCAAGUGCCAAGUUGGGAGACUAUGCCCGUGCAGAGCAAUGGGUGGAUGUCAUGUCGAACUUCAGCGCGAAAGCUGGCAUGAUCGUGAUGAAUAGUGUGAUCAACGCUUGUGCACAAGCGGGAGAGAUGGGAAGAGCCGAGCAGUGGCUUGCAAAAGCGCAGUCUAUGCACCUUGAACCAGAUGCAGUCAGCUACAACGGGGUCCUGAAUGCGUGCGCCAUGAAUGGGCAAGUGAGCAGAGCAGAAACAUUUUUGGAUGAGAUGCUUGCUUUGCGAUUGGAUGACAUCUACACAUACAACAGUCUCAUCAACGUUUGUGCUGAAAAUGGUGCGGUGGACCGGGCAGAGUACUGGCUGGAGCAGAUUCUGUUGCGCAGCCUUGAGCCAAACCAAGUCUCCUAUAGCAGUGUGCUGAAAGCAUGUGCGCGCAUGGGCGAGAGUGAGAAGGUGGAAAGCUGGGUGGAGAAGAUGUUUGAGGCUGGUUUCCAGUCUGAGGACCUGGCAGCCUUUCAGCCAAAACAAACUGCAGGGCCGAGGACUGGAAGCCCCCUGAGAAAGGCUUUGUACCGGUUCCGCUCUUUUGGGCAGCCUGAGCUUGUGGAGACUUUGGAGGCUGCACUAGAGUUGCAGUGGCUUUAUGGUUACCCCAGGGUCCCACAUGGAGAGCUGCAGCUCACCCACGGAACUUACAAGUACUUAUCUGGGAUGCAACCCUUGACUGUGCGCCGAAUGUUGGAUUUGGUUCCUGGAGCGCGAAUGGUUCUGGAUCCCUUCUGUGGGUCAGGUGCUGUCAUGAUAGAAGCAUUGGCCCAGGGGAAGCUGGCCAUUGGAUGUGACGCUUUUCCGUUGGCUAUCUUUGUUUCCUACCACCAUUGUGAUGCUGGGAGGCCGGAUCUGGAGAAGCUGAAAGCUCUGGCCCUUGAAGUGGCAAUGCCGAUCAAUGGGAAACCAAAGGACUGGCGCCAAAUCCAGAACACUGUGGAUGCUUUGCCGAAAUCGGCGGAGAAGAAUGCGCUUUGGUUCGCUCUGGUGGUAGGUCUGAACAUCGCCACGCAAGGACUGCAAGGACUGCAAGGAGUAAAUGUUUUUGGUGCUGGUGAUGCCAGCGCUGCUCGGGCAUACUUCGUUUCUGCGGUUCAAAGGUAUUCGUCCAGGGUAGAAGAUCUUAGACAGAUGCACUCAGACGAUGCUUUGAGACCCGAUUUUCACAAUUGUGAUGUUCGCGAUCUUCAUUUGGCGACUCCUGUUGAUGCGAUCCUCACCUCCCCGCCUUACCCUGGAGUGUACAACUACUUGACUCAGAACUCAAAUGCGCAGCUGAGUGCGAUCGAGGCUGCAGCUUUGCGAGACUUUGGCAGUGCCACCUCUGAUGAAGUUCAUGGCUUUGACCCAGGUGCUCACUUGGAAGUACAGGAGAUUGGGGCGCGUCGUUCAUGGGCAAGUUGCUCGAUGCGGGACUUUUCUGCCCAAUGGCAAUCACAACAGGAGCAGUGGUUGAGAGUGGCGCAUGCAUGCUUGAAGACAGGUGGCAGUGCUACUCUGAUGAUUGGUGAUGGUGAUUCUGCCGUCGAGAACGGCUUCGACAAUUUGUCGUCCACCAUUGCUGCAGCAGAAACUGUGGGAUUUGAGAUUGUUGCUUGGGCAACCAUUGAGUCUUGUGCAGAUGAAGCCCACAGGACGAAGGGGAUGCAAAGAACAGAGCACAUGCUGCAUUUGCUGAAAAAAGAUGCUGAGUCACGCAUAGCUCGAGCUGAUUCGGCUGCAGUGCUCACCCUGCCAGCUGUGGAUACUCCUGCCUCUCAGAAGGCUCGAACUGCUGGUCAACAGACCACCGGCAUUGGCAUCAUCACAGGGCUUGGACCGUGGAGUGAGCUUCCUAUUUCUGAUGCGUUGCAGUUGCAGAUCGUGGCAACGACUCUGUUGCUGUCUUGUGAGAGGUGGUUAGAUCUUUGCAGCACCUCUCGUCAAUGCAUCCACGUGAACGAAGGCUGUCGCAAGAAUGCAGGAUAUGCUUGGUGCCAGCAGCCCGCCAAACUGCCCGGUUUUGGAGGGAGUGGAGUUCUCAGCAUGAUUUCGGGAACAAGCCUUGCCAGGUCGGAUGGUGGCACAGCCGGCUCACCGGAAGGUGUCAAGAAAUUCUCAAGCGCUUGCGCAGGUGGUACGCAGUCCGGCGCCUUUGGCGAGCUGGAGUUGGUGGGGAUGAAUGAUGAUAAUUCGCGCCUGGAUGGAGAGAUGCACAAUCCUUCAUUCAACAAAUUCAACCUGCAGAGCAGCAUUGAUGAGAAGGAUACUGUGUCCCUUUCAGCAGCGCUUUUCAUGAUCAUAGUUAUGACUCUGGUUUUUGGAGUCUAUUCACUGGAAGACCAUGGCCUGUUCAUGGAGAUCCUCUGGAUUUUCUCCACAUAUUUGGAAAGUAUCUCAAUGCUGCCUCAGUAUAUCUACUGCUACAGGGACGCGGACAACAAAUGUCCAUUGGUUUCUGCCUAUGUCUUUGCGAUGGGUGGCUACCAGAUGGUAUUUGGAGUCAGCUGGGGGCAUCAUUUCCUCUUCAGACCCUACGACCUGGAUGUGAGCAGCAUGAUUUCUGGCUUCCUUGGCAUUGUCUUCUUUUGCGACUACCUGACCUUCAGGGUGAUGGGAGCCUCAAUGCUGGUCCAAGUGUGCAUCUCAGUAGAUGACACCAUCAAGGAGGCAGAGGAGGCCGCAUGGAGCGUUCUUGCAGGACGUGGCACUCCAGGCAUUAGAGAAGAGCCAGUGAACCCCGAAGUGAUCGGCCACCGGAGCGAUGAGAUCGAGAUGGCUACCGGACUUGUUGAACAUCGCAGUCGCACAGACUGA